GACCCAAAAUUUCUCUACCAAAUGUAACUCACCAUAAUUUGCUUCCUUAAUUUUCCAAUACUGAUUCACUGUAUCCGGACACUUGUGAAUCCUGACAGAAUCACGACUAAAUUUUCAUAGGAAAAAAGCAACAUUUGAUCAAAAUCCCGUUUCUCACCUGUACCAAAUUUAAUUCAAUACAAACACUUUAUUCUGUAUCUAUAUCUAUCUAUACAUAUAUAUAACUCUAAUAACUAUAUAUUAUAUCGAUGAGUUACAAGUUACUUGACACCAAAGAUCCUUCCAGUUUGCCAUCAUCAUCAAUGGAGGAGGAUUUAGCGACUAAUGGAAGCGUUGAUUUUAGAGGCAGAGUUGCUAAUAAACGCAUCACCGGUGGCUGGAAAGCCUCCCCCUUCAUCAUCGCAAAUGAGGCGGCCGAGAGGUUGUCCGCGUUCACAGUGUCAGCGAGUUUAGUGUUGUAUUUAACAAAGGAAAUGAAAGAAUCGUUGCCGGAUGCAGCAACGCAUGUAAGUGAUUGGGUUGGAGCUACAUAUUUGUUGAUGCUUUUGGGAGCUUUUCUUGCUGAUGCUUAUUUAGGCCGUUAUCUCACCGUUAUGUUCUCUUCCGCCGUUUACCUUAUUGGAAUGAUACUGCUGACCAUUUCAGCAUCAGUUAAAAGCUUACGCCCACCUCCAUGCACCGAAAACCAAAACUGCCCGUCUGCAACACCGGGCCAAUCAGCCUUCCUUUACUCUUCCCUAGCGUUAGUAGCCCUAGGAACGGGCGGUGUCAAACCCAACAUACCUUCUUUUGGUGCUGACCAACAUGAUGAAAAUGAUGAAAAAGAACUAUCCUACAAAUACACGUUUUUUAACUUCUUUUUCUUAUCUAUCAAAGUUGGUGCUCUGCUAGGACUCACUGUGAUGGUAUAUAUAGAACAGGAGAAAGGAUAUGCGUGGGGUUUUGGGCUUCCGACUGCAAUCAUGUUUGCAUCGGUUGUGAUUUUGGCAGCUGGGUUCCCAAAGUAUCGGUAUAAGAAGCCGAUGGGAAGUAUUUUUACUAGAUUUAUUCAGGUUAUUGUAGCUUCUGUUAGAAACCAUUCUAGAGGUGUUAAAGUAACCCCUGAAACUAAGCUUUAUGAGGUUUCUACUGAAGAAUCUGAUAUUGUGGGUGCAAGAAAGCUCUCUCAUACUCCUGAGUUCAGAUUUUUGGACAAAGCAGCAGUGAUGGAAGAUCCUGAGUUAACUGAAAUAAAUGAUAGAUGGAAACUAUGCACUGUGACACAAGUAGAAGAACUGAAGACCUUUUUACGAGUCUUCCCGGUAUGGGCCUCAACAAUAGCCCUUUCCCUCUCAUUGGCCCAACAAUCAACCUUUUUUCUUGCCCAAUCCAAAAUCUUGGACCGACACCUUGGCCCAAACUUCAUGAUCCCUCCAGGCUCAAUGCAAGUUUUUGCAGUCAUAAACGCAUUUGUCACUGUUCCCAUUUACGAAAAAUUAGUUGUUCCAGUCCUCCAAAAGACAACUAACCAUCAUCGUGGCUUCACAGCCUUGCAACGAAUGGGCAUUGGUCUGUUCAUAUCCAUAUUUUCCCUUGCUUCUGCUGCAGCAGUAGAACACAUGCGUAGGACUCACUACCCCUCUGGUCUAUCCGUGUUCUGGUUGGUCCCACAGUUUUUUAUUUUGGGUGGGGCCGAGUCAUUCACUUAUGUUGGACAAUUGGAGUUUUUUUAUGAUGAAGCUACUGAUGGUAUGAAAAGUGUUUGUGGGGCAUUGUUUUUAAGCGAGAUUGGGAUAGGAAGCUGGGUGAACAGCGCACUUGUUAAGAUCGUUGAGAAGGCAACGGGAACGGGACAUAAUGGAUGGUUAAGAGAUGAUCUUAACGAGAGUAAACUCGACUAUUAUUAUUUAAUAUUGUCAGGGAUAAGUACAGUCAACUUGUUUGUUUACAUAUGGGUGGCUAGAAGAUACAAAGGUCGACAUCAAGCCUAAUAUGUGUGACCGAAACAUUAUAAAUAUGAUUGGUCUAUAUACAUGAGAAUAUGUUGUAAUGUUUGAAAUCAUGUCUAAGGUGUAUUGCCUUCUAAGAAGUUGCAUCA